AGAAUCGUCUUAGGAACCCAGCUGGAGGAUAUCCUCAGCAAGGUUACCAAGCUCGGCCUCCAACAAGCUGGGCCCCUCCUGGUGCACCAAUGCAACAACCUGCAUAUGGCUACGUUCAACCUGGAGCAUACCCUGGCUCAACUCCCCAGUAUAACAUGAGUCAACCACCUUAUGGUGGUUAUCCUCCUCAACCGACUUCUGGUGGAUAUGCCACUGGUUGGGACCAGGCAACUGCUACACCAAACCAGCAGACUACUGCUCAGGGAGGUGGGUAUGAUUACUAUAGUCAGCAGCCACUUGUGCAACAGCAGCAAACCCCUGGUGGUCCUGUAGCCCCCACAGAUAAUACCGCCUAUGGUUACAAUCAGCCACCAGUUUCUGGUUAUAGUCAACAAGGACAAGGUUAUGCUCAGGAUGGCUAUGGUGGAUAUCAUGCACCUCCCCCUCAAUCUGGGUAUGGUCAGGCACCAAAUCCUAAUCCAGGGUAUGAUCAGCAGCAAGGUUAUAAUUCUACAACUGGUGGAUAUGGUAAUGUUUCCAACCCACUGCCUGAUGGACACGCUGCUUCAUACGGAACUCAGGGGGAAGCCAACCAAACACCUCCACCAGCCCAUUCAACUGCAAUGGGCCAGCAAGGAUACACUUCUGGUCAGCAGCCUAGUCCUAACCCAAGUUACCCGCCUCAGGGUUCGACCCAACCGGGCUAUGGAAUACCCCCAACUUCCCAAGGUGGUUAUGGGACUCAACCUCCUUCAGGAUAUGGGCCCGGUUAUGCACCACCUCAAGGUCAGAAGCCACUGGCUGGUCAGCCAGCUUAUGGGCAACCCCAACAGUCGCCUACUGCCCAAGGAGGCUAUGUCCAGCCUGCUUCUGUACAGCCAGGGUAUCCCCAUUCUCAGCCACCAACUGCUCAAUCUGGUUAUGCUCAGCCGGAUUCUGGUACCCAACGAGCUCCACCAUCCGGCUAUGGUACUCCAACUGCUCAGCCAGGGGCAUAUCCCUCACCAUACGGUGCACCACCUGCUACUCAGCCAAGUUAUGGGCAACAGCAACAACCAGCAUACAACGGCCCUUAUGGUACUGGCUAUGCCCAACCUCCUGUGUAUACAACUGAUGGCAAUGCAAGCGGGAGUGCUCGUGGAACCUAUGACGCUACUCCAGCUGCACAACCUGUUCAGCCUAGUGGGGUUGCUAAAACCUCACCAUAGACUGUAUGUGUGGUUAUUGGGGAAUAGUUUGGAACAUUUGAUACUUUGGUGCCUAUUAAUGUCUCUGUAUGACUGAAUUAGGGUUAACUUUACUUUUCUUAGUGUAUCGGUCUUAACGUUGUUUGAUGUUAUUGUUUUUGGGUUAUGAAUGGUUAUCGUUUCAAGUUUGAACUUUCCUUUUGGUCUUUGUCCCAAACAUUAUCCUUUCAGUGAAGUACUAAAUGAUGUUGUGGAUAAUUGCCCUUUUAUU